AUGAAGUUCACUUCAGGUAUGUGGUGCCUUCAGGAGGGCGUCCGCAUUGACUGGAUGAGCAAUGUGGAGCGACUGCGGGUCGAGCAGGAGACCGUGAAUCUCCUCCUGAACAAAUUACAGCGUCAUCGCGGUGAUACUCUGAAUUCUCCUACCAUCUCCGCCAAGGUGACUUCUCCACAGGAGGGAAUUAUCGGCGUGAAAUUAGUUCAUUGGGCAGGGCAAGUCGAUAAUGGCCCGCAUUACGAUAUCGAGAACUCCACUAGACAUGCUACUGUUCUGCAUGAUAAGACCGCGAAUACUCUCAACUAUAACAGCGGAUCACUGAAGCUUGAUAUCAACACUGCUUCCAACGAACUCGGCUUCGUUUUUCGCUCUCCCGAAAAUAAGAAGUUGACCGGUCAUUCAUUCCGCUCAAUUGGCCUUGUCGGAGAUCAACGCAGCGAGAAGCACAGAUAUGAGGAUGGGAUCUACGCCGAACGACAAGGAUAUAUGCUCAUCGAGCUAGAUCUAGGAGUUGGCGAGAAGGUAUACGGACUCGGCGAGCGAUUCGGCCCGCUAGUCAAGAAUGGACAGACAGUCGAUAUCUGGAAUGAGGAUGGCGGUACCUCGUCGGAGCUGGCGUAUAAGAAUAUUCCAUUUUACAUGUCCUCCAAGGGAUAUGGCGUCUUCGUCAACCACCCCGGGAAAGUUAGUUUGGAAGUUCAGUCCGAGCGAACGACCAGAGUGAAUAUCUCCGUGCCUGGUGAAGAGGUUGAGUACUUUGUUGUUUAUGGUGAGACGCCCAAGGAUGUUCUAAGACGCUAUACUGCAAUGACUGGUAGACCUGGACUUGUUCCAUCCUGGAGCUACAAUCUUUGGUUGACGACGAGUUUCACAACCCAGUAUGAUGAGCAGACUGUUACUGGGUUCUUGGAUGGAUUCAAGGAGAGAGACAUCCCGCUUGGCGUGUUUCAUUUUGAUUGUUUCUGGAUGAAAUCCUACCAGUGGUGUGACUUUGACUUUGAUGAAGAGAUGUUCCCUGAUGCGGGAGGAUAUAUGAACCGACUGAAAGAACGGGGACUUAAAAUCAGUGUGUGGAUUAAUCCAUACGUUGGACAAGCAUCACCCUUGUUUGAGGAGGGAAAGAAGAAUGGGUAUUUCAUCAAGCGCAUUGAUGGAUCUGUUUGGCAAUGGGACUUCUGGCAAGCCGGAAUGGCCGUCGUGGACUUCACCAACCCAGCCGCCUGUUCUUGGUACAGCAGCCACCUGGAGCGCCUCAUGGAACUGGGCGUAGACAGUUUCAAGACUGAUUUCGCGGAAAGAAUCCCUACAAAGGGAAUCAAGUAUCACGAUGGUGCGGACCCAGAGCGAAUGCACAACUACUACGCCCUCCUAUACAACCGCAUUGUCUACGAAACACUCAACAACCGCGUAGGCCACAAUCAAGGUCUUCUUUUCGCACGGAGCACUGCUCCAGGUGGACAGAAAUAUCCUGUUCACUGGGGUGGAGAUUGCGAGAGUACAUUCGAAGCCAUGGCAGAGUCUCUUCGUGGUGGUUUGAGUCUCAUGUUAUCUGGAUACAUCUUCUGGGCAUCGGAUAUUGGUGGUUUCGAGGGAACUCCACCACCUGCAUUGUAUAAACGAUGGGUGCAAUUUGGAUUACUUUCCUCUCACUCUCGCCUCCAUGGAUCAUCCUCGUUCCGAGUGCCUUGGAUAUAUGGAGAGGAUUGUUCUGCUGUCUUGCGGGACUGCGUGAAACGGAAGAUUCUGCUUACACCGUAUAUCCUCCAAGAAGCAUUGAGGGGACAACAGGAUGGAGCUCCGAUAAUGAGACCACUUUUCUUGGAGUUCCCGGAUGAUCUGAAUACGUACUCUAUCGAUACGCAGUACAUGUUUGGACCGAACCUGCUGGUUGCACCAGUCUUCUCGGAGGAGGGUGAAGUGACUUUCUAUGUUCCAUAUGUUGAGGGAGCUGGAAAUGGGAAGUGGGUUUCUUGGUUUGAUCAUACAAAGUUCUAUGAGGCCGGGCGCUGGUAUACUGAGACUCAUGACUUUGAUACUUUGCCAAUCCUGGUUCGUCCUGGAUCGGUCACUCUGAUGAACCCCAUGCUCAAAGUACCUGAAGAUGAUGCUCUGCAUGGAAUCCAGGUUUUGGUGAAUGGCACCUUGAAUGCAGAGACUACCUUAGACAUCGUCAACCCGAGUCAGACAGGAGAGAUAUUGAAAAAUAUUCUGAUCUCGCACAAUGAGGAUGGGCACACUAUCCAGUGCGAGGGACAUUCUGUUGAGAUUGUGACUAUCAACCAGGCAAAUUGA